GGGAGGGGCAUCUCGCUCGGAGCCCUUCUCAGCUCCGCUCCUGGAUUUUCUACGUUCCUUUUUCUCCUCCUCUCAGGAGAUCAAUGGUCCCAGAUCCCACCGGUGUGGAUGAUUCCCGCUCCAAGCUCAGUCGCAAGCAGCCCUCGAAUGCUCCGACCCCGCAUGGUUCCAGUCAUUUCUGCCUAGUGUAUGCAGCUACAACCAACAGCGCGUUGCUUGUUUACCUCCAGCCUCGUGGGUUACACAACUAUGCAGGCCUCUACCGACAACCGAGCCAUGAACGGGGUAUGGAGUUGUCAAUUUUGCUCGGCACUCUUCCAUCGCUUAGACCAUCACAAGCGACAUAUAGCUACCCAUAGCUCACAGAAGCCUUUCAAGUGCGGAUUCUGCGGCUCUCAUUACAAACGAGGAGAUGUCUUGCGGCGACACUGGAAGUCUUGUUCUGCCCGUAUACAUGCCGGUCAGGCCAUCCCAGGACCUCGAAUAGGCGGCAAAGAACGGCAUGCAUGUGAUGUCUGCGCCAGGCUAAAGAAAUCCUGUGAUGGGGGGCAGCCAUGCUUAGAAUGCGCCACGCGGAGGAAGGAAUGCACUUACUUGCGACUGCAGGAUAGCGGGGGGGCUCCGCGCAACCAGCACACCCCUUCGCCGACUUUCAACCAAUCGCAGCCCGAACCCAUAAAAUCAAUACCCGAUUUGGCACUUCCCACGUGGGAUCUAGGGCUCCAGCCAUACUAUCCAGACCAUCCGACGAGACUAAAGGCUCGCGCACUACGCGAUGGCGUCCAGACAGAGGGAUGAAUCGACACAGCUGUUCUACGAACAGGGGCAUCAAUUAAAGGCGUGGUAUAUCGAUGAAUAAGUCAUCUACUUGGAGUUUGGGAACACCAGCGAAUAGAGCAUUGCAGGGCAUUUUAUAUCACUACUAUCAUUAGACUGUAUAUAAGGACUUAGGCUCUUGCGCUUAUUGCGGGCUUGUGGCUAUUAUCAGCGUAUGAAUUCUAUCAAGCAUGUGAAAAAUGGAUAAUACCAAAUGCAGGUCAGCGAAAUUACUUUUUUUGGACACUAC